AUGAUUUAUAGUUUCAGCUUCGAGGCAUAUCACUGGGUUCAAAGCAUGGUGUUUGUUAUCAAAGUGAUUAAUGAAAAUCCUGCUCUUCUACCAAACCUCACCCUGGGAUUCAGGAUUUAUGACACCUGCCAGACAGUGGCAAGGACACUUCAUGGCACUCUGUGGAUGCUGACCGGUGAGGAUGUACCUGUCCCAAACUACCACUGUCAUGGACACACUGUGUCAUCAUUAGCAGCCAUCAUUGGAGAUUCUUCUUCUUCCUGUACAGUACCAAUGGCACAGCUACUUGGGCUCUACCGACAUCCUCAGAUCAGUUAUUUUGCAACAAGCCCCCUCCUGAAUGACAGACAGCAGUAUCCAUCAUUUUAUCGAACUAUCCCAAGUGACGAGUUCCAGGCCCGAGGACUCGCACAGCUGGUAAAUUACUUUGGCUGGACAUGGGUGGGCAUACUAGCAGAAGACGAUGAGUAUGGAAAAGAGGGGACCAGAAUACUUAAAGCAGAGAUUAUCAAGGCUGGAGGGUGUAUAGCUUUUGAAGAAACUGUUCCCUUCCUCUGCUCUGAAAAGAAGGCGAAGCAAAUAGCUGACAUAAUUGAACGAUCAUCAGCAACUACCAUUGUGGCAUUCUGUUUUGAUUCCUACAUGAUACCAGUGAUGGACGAAAUUUCUAGAAAGAAGAUAAUCAGAAAAGUAUGGGUUGCUAGUGAGUCUUGGUCAAGUUCAUCCAGCCUUUCCCAUCCAAAGUACAUACAGCCUCUUAGUGGGACAAUAGGAUUUGCAGUCCGAACAUGUCACAUUCUUGGACUUGAGAAGUUUCUAUUACGAAUAAGCCCAUUGCUGUAUCCAGAAGACAUAUUUGUUAAAAUUUUCUGGAAAGAAGCCUUUGGAUGUGUAUGGCCUAGUUCAGACACCAACCAAUCCGCUGGCACAGUAGAUACUGUGGUGAAGCCUUGCACUGGGACAGAGAGGCUGGAAAUGGUCAACAAUGCCUACACAGAUGUAUCUGCUUUACGAAUCACCUGCAACAUCUACAAUGCAAUAUACACUGUGGCAAAUGCUCUGCAUGACUUGAGUGUGUGUAACCCAGGAGAAGGGCCAUUUCAUAAUGGGACAUGUGCCAGCAUUGACAGUUAUGAACCGUGGCAGCUUAUCCACUACAUUAACCAUCUGCGUUUUGUCAACAGUGAUGGUGAGGAGGUGUACUUUGAUCGUAAUGGUAACAGUCAAGCUUUGUAUGACAUCUUAAACUGGCAGAUAUCUCCCGAUGGCACAAUUCAGUUUGUACAGGUCGGAAGGUUUAAUGGAAGUGCACCUCAAGGCCAAGAGCUGGUCUUCAAUGCCAGUAGUAUUGUGUGGUCUGUAGGACAUAGACAGGUGCCUCACUCUUUCUGCAGUGAAAGCUGUCAAACUGGCUACAGAAAGGCCUCUCAAAGUGGACAACCUUUGUGCUGUUUUGACUGCUUACCGUGUUCUCAAGGAGAGAUUGCAAACCAGACUGAUUCUGUUAACUGCAUCAGAUGUCCAGAUGACCACUGGCCAAAUUUCAGACAAGAUCGAUGCCUCCCAAGAACUACAGAGUUUCUUUCGUAUGAAGAGAGUUUGGGCACUGCAUUAGCUGUCAUGUCUGUCAUCUGCUUCUUAUUUCCUGUCAUAGUGAUUGGUGUUUUUGUCAAAUAUCGGGGCACUCCAGUUGUUAAAGCCAACAACAGGGAACUUAGCUACAUGGUUCUCUUUGCUCUCAUGCUGUGUUCUCUCUGCUCAUUAAUUUUUAUUGGUCAGCCAACAACACUGACAUGCAUGUUCAGACAGCCUACCUUUGGUGUAGUGUUCUCCUUUUCAAUCUCUUGUGUUCUUGCAAAGACUGUCACAGUUGUCAUGGCUUUUAAUGCCACAAAACCAAAUAGUAGCUUAAAGCAAUUCAUGGGUCCAAAGCUACCAGCAGCAAUAAACCUUACCUGCAGCCUUACGCAACUCAUAAUUUGCAUCAUCUGGCUGGUGACAUCACCUCCAUUUGUAGAAUAUAAUACAAAAAUUCAGGUUGGCAAGAUAAUAAUUCAGUGCAAUGAAGGCUCUCCCUAUGCAUUCUGGGGUAUGCUGGGAUACAAUGGACUUCUGGCAGCUAUGAGCUUUACUGUAGCUUUCCUGGCCAGGAAACUGCCUGACAGUUUUAAUGAAGCUAAAUUUAUUACCUUCAGCAUGAUUGUUUUCCUCAGUGUAUGGCUGUCGUUCAUCCCAGCUUACCUCAGUACUUCAGGAAAAUACAUGGCUGGUGUUGAGGUAUUUGCUAUCCUUUCUUCAAGUGCAGGGCUGCUUGUAUGUAUAUUUUUUCCAAAGUGCUACAUUAUUUUGUUAAGACCUGAAAUGAAUUCUAAAGAUUAUCUGAUGGGAAAAAAAAUCUGCAUACAGUAA